AUGGAAGCAGCCACAUCGGUGCCGUCACGUGGUUCGAAGCUGUCGGCGGAACUGACGCAGCUGGAUACCGAACUUGGCAGCAUUGAAGCGGAAAUUCGUUCUUUGAAACGACGAAAACAAGCACUGCUGGAACGAAAAGCUCAGAUUGAAAGGAGAAUAACUGAAAGGAAUGUGGAAAAUGAAAGUUCGGUUAGCAUAUGGGAUUCGGACAGUUUCGAGUGGACCAACAAGUGUCGCCGUGUUUUGUCGGACGUUUUCAAGCUUAGCGAUUUUCGACCUUUGCAGAGGUAA